UCCUGUACUAAUCUCCAAACCCCAGCUCUUCUUGAUGACAUUGGCGCAACUCUCUUCUCCCUUGCCAUCACUCAACCACCAACAAGCACGACUCAAGUCCCGGAUGGAGCCAAGGGAGAGGCGGGAGACGACGUCAUGAGAGUAGACGAACGAAGUGAUCAUUGGAUUAGAUAG